CGGAGUAUGUGUGACGUGCAGAGCGAGUGAAAAUGGCGAGCUGGUGUGUGCGGGCGGCGAGGCAGAGUUACUCUGUCGUAGCAUCCUCUCUUCUCUUGCGCCCCGUCUUUUUCAGGACCGCGCCUCGGCCGCUGUGUACGGCUGCCCAGCAGAAGAGCAACGGGCCGAGCGCGGAGGAGGACGGCGGGGCGCCGAAGGCGGAACCCGGCGUGGCAGACAGGGCGCGGGCCGAGGAGAAGGCGCAGUUGGAGGAGCAGCUGAAGGACAUGACGGACAAGUACAAGCGGGCGUUGGCAGACACGGAAAACCUCCGGCUUCGCACUCAGAAGAUGGUGGAAGAUGCAAAGUUAUACGGCAUUCAGGGGUUCUGUAAAGAUCUGGUGGAAGUCGCCGAUAUCCUGGAGAAGGCGACAGAGAGCGUUCCCAAACAGGAGGUGACGGAGAACAACCCCCACCUGAAGAACCUGUACGAUGGGCUGGUUAUGACAGAGGUUCAGAUCCAGAAGGUGUUCACCAAGCAUGGGCUGGUGAAGCUCAACCCUGAGGGGCAGAAGUUUGACCCCUAUGAACAUGAGGCCCUCUUUCACACCCCUGUGGAGGGUAAAGAGCCAGGCACAGUUGCCAUGGUCACCAAGGUGGGCUACAAAUUGCAUGGCCGCACCCUCAGGCCAGCCCUUGUGGGUGUGGUGAAAGCGCCUUAACGACUUCUCCGUGGCAACAUGAUCUGCAGGUUUUGAUGGAACACGUUAGAUACUUUUGUCUGGCGCCUUUACAGUGGAAGAAAUCCUGCAACCGACCAACAAUGUUUGUCUGGAUAUCACCUCAGCUGUACGGUAACAACUUCUUUCUAGAACACAAGAUCUGCACAGAACUGUAGUUUUUCGAGUCAGUGUUCUUGUUCCCAUUAUCUUACAUCCUCCCAGAUGUAAAUGGAUUAUAACACCUGCUUACUGUGUCUAAUUACCCAGAUUAGUUCUCUGAACCAGAAAAAGAACGGAACACCGGGCUGGUGGUCCUCAGACCUUCUUCGAGGUCUUUUUGAAAAUGCGACAAAUUAAGGCUGAUUCCAUAAGCAGUGUCUUUGAGUUCUCAUAAUAAAUUGUGAAAUUACUGACUGCUGUUAAGGAAGCAACCGAACUGCUCGUACAUGAGGUGCACAAAUGGGUCUUUAUGUGUAAAGCACAGUACAGGUGUGUGGCAUUUACAGAUUACACACGGCCAUUGACUAGGUAGGUCAAAUUUGCGUAUUAAUUAAAUCUUGACGCUGUAAACCCCUUUCUGUGGUAAGAUACAAUAUAUUUAAAGGCCUGUGCAAGUGCAUUGUCAGUCACAUAUUGCAGUCAAGUGCUUUGCUACAACACUGAAGAAGGAUCUUUGUGUAAAAAGUAGUAGAGGUGGGUAGCACUGGCUCCUCAUGUUACACAUCAGUUUUGGAUAUAUUCUUUGUCAGUCUCAGUUUUCAUGUAGUUCAAAGUCAAAAUAUUUCUUAAUAGUAUUAGUCUAAUAUAGUUUAUAUUAUAUCCCUGGUUUUUAUAGAACUUAACUCAUACAUAAAUUGGACAUUUGUAUUAUUAAACCUGGGGGUGCGGUGGCGCAGUGGGUUGGACCACAGUCCUGCUCUCCGGUG